AUGCCGUCGGUCCAUUCUACUCUGUACACAGCAUAUACUUUGCUCACUCUCCCGGCACGUUUGGUGACCUGGUGGCUGUAUUAUAUCCCCAAAUCCAACCGUCCUAAUCCUGCGUGGUCAUGGAAGACAGCCGUCUCCUUGCAAUUUGUCAUCUUAUUGAUCCGAUACCGGACGGAAGUCAGGUACCGCACUCCCAAAUUGUUAGAGCCAGGCGGAGAUGGAGAUCGAUUCAUUGUGCUCCAUCCGCGAACGACCAUUUCCGAUCCCAACCUGAAAAUAGAAUCAGCGGUCUAUAAAGGAACGCUUACCUCCGUCCCAGCGGUCCAGCCCAUGCCGGUUGGCGCUGUCUGGUACCCGACACCCCCAGUCCAGCCCCCGCGAAAGCUCAUCAUCCAUUUCCACCCAAGUGCUUAUGUGCUCUUCGGCCCACGUCCCGGAGAUGGAUGUGGCUGGGGACCCACGAAAUUCAGUGAGCUAUCCGGAUGGCCAAUACUUUCCAUUCAAUACCGGCUCUCCUUAGAUGCAGACAAAACCUUCCCAGCCGCCGUCCAGGAUGGUAUCACCGCCUAUAUCUACGCGUUAGAGACCCUCAAAAUCCCACCAUCCCAGAUCGUGCUCUCGGGCGAGUCAGCAGGUGGGAAUCUCAUUCUAGCAAUGCUCCGGUAUAUCACCACAGAGAACCAGGCGAUACCACUACCUCGCUGCGCACUGUUAUGGUCCCCGUGGGUUGAUAUGACCCAGAAGGCUCUUUUGAAUAUGGAAAAACACCGCAAUUACAAGUCCGAUUACAUUGAAUAUAACUUCGGUUCUUGGGGUGUCAGUAGCUAUAUCCCCCCUGGCUGGUCUGAUAGUAAUCCUUAUUUAUCGCCACUGGGCAGCGAGUACCGAUUGAGUGUUCCGCUUUUUAUUGAAGCUGGCACGUCUGAGGUGCUUUACGAUGAUAUUGUGCAAUUCGCACAUAAUAUGAAGGAGAAGGGCACGGAGGUCGAGUUGCGUGAAGCUCCGAAUGGCGUUCAUGCGACUUUUGGUAUCGCCGAUGCUUUGGGGAUGCCUGAGGUUGCUAUAGAUGGUCAUGCGCGGGGGGCAAGAUUCAUCGCGAGAUCGGGUGAAGAGUAA